AUGGCCGCGCAAUCCCUCAUUCUGUUGGUCGUCUUAUUGAUUCUCAUACCGGUCUAUGUGAUCUAUAAACCGCCGCGACUCCUCAUCUCGUAUUUCCAACGUCGCUUUCCCGAGGUCCUAUUCCAUGUCAACACAUCACAACGGAUUGUGGGACUGACCAUUGAUGAUGCGCCGACUCAAUACACUUCGGCCAUCCUCGAUAUCCUGAAAAGUCACAACGCUUCAGCGACGUUCUUCGUCAUUGGUGAUCACAUUGCUGACCGGCCCGAGCUGCUGAGCGACAUCAUCCAGGCGGGAAGCGAACUCGGCAAUCAUGCAAUGCACGAUGAGCCAAGCGUGUCCCUGUCGAGUGCCACGCUCGCCAGCCAGAUCGUGAUCGUCGACAAGUUGAUCGACAACGCGCAUGAGAUGGCGGGUAUCGGACGGAAAGCACAUUACUUCCGGCCCGGGUCCGGUAUCUUCAGUCGUCGCAUAUUGGAUGUUGUCUCAUCGACAAAGUAUCGGGCAAUCCUUGGGAGUAUCUACCCCCACGAUCCAUUCAUCGAGUAUUGGUGGCUGAACGCAUGGCACAUACUGAGCAUGCUGCGGCCCGGGGCUGUGAUCAUCUGCCACGAUCGGCGGUCAUGGACGAUUCCGAUGCUGCAGUACGUCAUUCCAGAGAUGAAGAGGCGAGGCUACCAGGUCGUGUCUGUCUCCAAGCUUUUGGAGCUCACAAAUGGCUGA